AUGAGUAAUAACAGUAGUUUAAAAUCACCAUAUCAAAGUGGAUCAAUGGAUGAUCUCUAUGAUGAAUCAAAACUAACAGAUCAUAUAAAACCAAUUGAGGAAAAAUGGAAAUUGGUACCUGCAUUUCUAAAGUGUAGAGGUUUAGUUAAACAACAUAUAGAUUCAUUCAAUUUCUUUAUAAAUGUAGAGAUGAAAAAGAUUGUUAAAGCAAACGAAAAACUAACAACUGAAGUUGAUCCUGCAUUUUAUGCAAAGUUUACAGAGAUUCAAGUUGGAAUGCCAGCUUUGACAGAGGAGAACUAUGAAUCGGUAUCGAUGACACCACAAAAAUGUAGAUUAAGAGAUAUGACAUAUAGUGCACCGAUCACGGUGAAUCUAGAGUAUGUUCGAGGCAAACAGAUCGUCGGACGUAAGAAUGUGGUGAUUGGACGUAUACCUAUUAUGUUGCGGAGUUCGAAUUGCGUGUUGACCAACAAGUCGCACGAGCAGCUGGCGAAUCUCGGCGAGUGUCCGUUGGAUCCCGGUGGCUAUUUCAUUGUGCGUGGCAAUGAGAAGGUGAUCUUGAAUCACGAGCAACUCUCAAAGAAUCGUAUCAUCAUUGAGACCGACGCCAAGGGUGUGCCGUGCUCCACUGUGACGUCGUCGACACACGAGAGAAAGUCGCGUACUUCGAUCAUCAUGAAACACGGCAAGCUCUACCUCAAACACAAUACAUUCGCAGAGGAUAUUCCCGUGGUCAUUUUCCUCAAGGGUAUGGGAGUGGAGACUGACCAGGAGGUAGUGCAACUAGUGGGUUCCGAGGAGAUCUUCCUCGAUGCGAUAGCGUCGUCGCUCGAGGAGUGCAACAAGUGUAAAGUUCACACUCAGACGCAAGCACUCGAUUAUUUAGGUGCGCGCAUCAAAUCGAUACGUAAACCAUGGGGAAUGAGCAAGAAAUCAAAGUCGGAGGAAGCAAAAGAUAUUCUGGCGGGUGUCGUCCUGAAUCAUGUGCCGGUGAGGCGUUACAAUUUCCGUUUGAAGGUUAUCUACGUCGCGCUGAUGAUACGUAGAAUUAUCAUUGCUACAAAGGAUCGUUCCACGCUGGACGAUAAAGAUUACUAUGGUAAUAAACGUUUGGAGUUGUCGGGUCAGUUGAUCUCGCUGCUCUUUGAAGAUCUCUUUAAGAAGUUCCUGGCGGAACUAAAGAAAGCGACGGAUCAAGCUAUCCUAAAGCCAAACCGUGCGAUGGUGUUUGACUUUGCAUCGAUCAUCAGAACAGAGACUCUAACCAAUGGAUUCGUUCAUGCUAUCAGUUCGGGACAGUGGAACUUGAAGCGUUUCAAGAUGGAGCGUUCCGGUGUGACGCAGGUACUUUCGCGUCUCUCUUUUAUCUCGGCGCUCGGUAUGAUGACGCGUAUUCAAUCGCAAUUCGAAAAGACGAGAAAGAUUUCUGGACCGCGUUCACUGCAACCGUCGCAAUGGGGAAUGUUGUGUCCGUCGGACACUCCGGAAGGUGAAGCUUGUGGUUUGGUAAAGAACUUUGCGCAGAUGACACACGUCACCACCGAUGAGCCGGAAGGUCCGCUACUUCGUUUGGCAUACAAUCUGGGUGUCCAGGAUAUUCUGUUGAUUACCGGUGAGGAGUUGAACAGUAGAACAGCAUUCCUUGUGUUUUUGAACGGUCAGAUCAUCGGUAUUCACAACUCACCGACACUCUUUGUAAAUACUCUGCGAAAGAUGCGUCGUGCCGGUCGUAUCCGUGAGUUUAUCUCGAUCUGUAAGAAUGAAGCGCACAAAACAGUCAGUAUAGCUUGUGACGGUGGUAGAUUGUGUCGUCCAAUGAUCAUCGUGGAGAACGGACGUCCUCGUGUCCAGCAAUUCCACAUCGAAGAACUGAAGGACGGACUGCGAACAUUCGACGAUUUCAUUCGUGAGGGUUUGAUAGAGUAUCUCGACGUCAACGAAGAGAACGACUCUUUUCUGGCGUGGAAUGAAUCCGCUGUCAACAAGACAACGACACACAUGGAGAUUGAACCGUUCACUCUGUUGGGAUGUGUAUCCGCCCUGAUUCCAUAUCCUCACCACAACCAGUCGCCACGUAACACCUACCAAUGUGCUAUGGGUAAGCAAGCGAUCGGUGCCAUCGCCUACAAUCAGUUGUCGCGUAUCGACACACUCCUCUACCUGUUGGUCUAUCCACAACGACCGAUGUGUCAGACGAGAACACUAGAACUGGUCAACUACGUCAAGUUGCCAGCUGGUCACAACGCGACUGUCGCCGUCAUGUCAUAUUCCGGUUACGACAUUGAAGAUGCGUUGGUUAUGAACAAAGCAUCGUUGGAUCGUGGAUUCGGUCGUUGUAUCGUUUUCAAGAAGCAAGUAUCCGCAGUCAAGAAGUAUGCCAAUCAGACGGCGGAUCGUAUCAUUCCGCCCAACGCAGAGACUUCGCGUCAACCAAAGUUUGCGCUUCUCGACGAAGACGGUAUCGCCAAACCCGGUGAACUUGCACAGAAAGGACAGAUCCUCAUCAAUAAAUACUCACCAAUCAACACCGUCGACAUUGUCGCCAACUCUGACAAGAUUCCCGAUUCCGGUUACAAGUCGUCGUACACCGCCUACAAAUAUGAGAAUCCGGCAUUCGUCGACAAGGUUAUGUUGACAACGGGCGAUGACGAUCAACUGUUAAUCAAGUUGCUAAUGAGAUCCACUAGACGUCCGGAACUCGGUGACAAAUUCUCGAGUCGUCACGGACAGAAGGGUGUCUGCGGUAUCAUCGUCAAGCAAGAGGACAUGCCAUUUACCGACCUCGGUAUCUGUCCCGAUAUUAUUAUGAAUCCUCACGGUUUCCCAUCGCGUAUGACCAUCGGAAAGAUGAUUGAGCUGCUCGCCGGUAAAGCCGGAGUUCUCCGUGGUGGAUUCGGCUAUGGUACGUGCUUUGGCGGUGACAAAGUCGAAGACAUCUCCAAGGUGCUCAUCUCCAAGGGAUUCAGUUACGGUGGUAAAGAUUACGUUACCUCGGGUGUCACCGGUGAACCGUUGCAAUGUUUCAUCUUUUUCGGUCCGAUAUUCUAUCAGAAACUCAAACACAUGGUUAUGGACAAGAUGCAUGCACGUGCACGUGGUCCAACUGUGACGCUGACACGUCAACCCACCGAGGGUAGAGCACGUGGUGGUGGUUUGCGUCUUGGUGAGAUGGAGCGUGAUUGUCUCAUUGGUUACGGAGCGAGUGCAUUGAUUAUGGAGCGUCUCAUGAUCAGCUCCGAUCGUUUCACAGUGUACGCAUGCAAGAAGUGCGGAUUCCUCGGUUACGAAGGUUGGUGUCAAUACUGUAAAUCGACACUCCAAGUAUCGACCCUCCAAAUUCCCUAUGCAUGCAAACUUCUCUUCCAAGAACUACAAGCAAUGAACAUCGUACCAAAAUUGAAACUUGAAGAUGCAUAA